UGUCCCUCGCGGAGCGCCGUCGGGGCCGUGGGCGCCUGCGCGGGCCGGCGCGGGAGCGGGCGGCAUGGCGUUCCGGCAGGCGCUGCAGCUGGCGGCCUGCGGGCUGGCAGGGGGCUCGGCCGCCGUGCUCUUCUCGGCCGUGGCGGUAGGGAAGCCGCGCGCGGGCGGGGACGCGGAGCCACGCCCGGCUGAGCCGCCGGCCUGGGCGGGGGGCGCGCGGCCGGGCCCCGGCGUCUGGGACCCCAACUGGGACAGGCGAGAACCGCUGUCUCUGAUCAACCUGCGGAAGAGGAAUGUGGAAUCUGGGGAAGAAGAGCUGGCGUCCAAGCUGGACCACUACAAAGCCAAGGCCACACGGCACAUCUUCCUCAUCAGGCACUCCCAGUACCAUGUGGAUGGCUCCCUGGAGAAGGACCGCACUCUGACCCCGCUGGGUCGGGAGCAGGCUGAACUCACGGGGCUCCGCCUCGCAAGCUUGGGGUUGAAGUUUAAUAAAAUCGUCCAUUCCUCUAUGACGCGCGCCAUAGAGACCACUGAUAUCAUCAGCCGGCACCUGCCAGGCGUCUGCAAAGUCAGCACAGACCUGCUGCGGGAAGGCGCCCCCAUCGAGCCAGACCCGCCUGUGUCUCACUGGAAGCCAGAAGCUGUGCAGUAUUACGAAGACGGAGCCCGGAUCGAGGCCGCCUUCCGGAACUACAUCCACCGUGCAGAUGCCAGGCAGGAGGAGGACAGUUACGAGAUCUUUAUUUGUCACGCCAACGUCAUCCGCUACAUCGUAUGCAGAGCGCUGCAGUUCCCUCCCGAAGGCUGGCUCCGGCUGUCCCUUAACAACGGCAGCAUCACCCACCUGGUGAUCCGACCCAAUGGCCGAGUUGCGCUCAGGACCCUCGGGGACACGGGGUUCAUGCCUCCUGACAAGAUCACCCGGUCGUGAGGGCACCGCAGGGCUCUGGCCUCUCCUUCCCUCUGUCCUCCCUGCACAGGCCGCACGCACUUACAUUUUGUUCCCGAGGAGACAGGUGGAAAAGUAGAAACCUACAAUGCUGCAUCUGGGGAGUGACUUGUGGCCAGGCUGAGAAGGGGAGAGUUGGGAUCAGACAGCCUGACUUCUGUACAGGGUUUCAUACCUGACCAAGGAACCCCCAGGAUGGCGUGGGGUUUAAGGCGAAGACCUCUCAUGCAGAAGUCAGGCCUGUUGUGGGGACCUGAAUGAGGCCUGACCCAGACUACCAUGUUCGCAGCCACAGCUGACCCGUGCCAAGGGUCCAUGCUCCGUUGGCAAAGCCAGUCAGGCACGAGGGUGACUGAGGCACACGGAUGAGGAGGGCACCCAGGUUCUGUUCACAACUCACUUCACCUCAUACAUCCUUUUAAUUUCUUAAAACCCUCUUGUCAUUUAAAUAUUUGUCAAUUAAAGAUUUUCUGGAUGGGCA